UGCACGCUAAUUAACACGUGAGGAAGUUCACAAUGAAGGUGGAGACCUUUUGUCAAAUCAGUAAGAGUGGCACUGGCUUUCAGGAGCAAGCCAUGAAGUCCAAAAUCUCUGACUUGCACUUGAAAUUUGCAGAGAAGACAUGGAAGGAAACAUUUCAGCUUGUUCGAAGAUGCAUGGACAGACCUAAAGAUGCUAGCAAACCGUGUGAGCCACUGGUUCGAUCCCUGGAAAGGCUCCAGGAAGUGGUUAAUGUGUCCUCUAUGAAUACCAUGAAGUCUCGCCUGGAAAUGAUCGCCAAACAACAAGGAAUGGGCUUUCACAUUACUGAGGCCACAUGCUACCUGACAGCAGAUUUGUUCUACCUGGAGGUGGUGUUGCUGCCGUGUGGCGGGGUGGAAGACGUCAAAGUGGCCCCACAUGGAGGAUCCCCUGUUCCCAGUGAGUCCUUUCUUCAGCUGCUGAGGUUAAAACAUUUUGUUGAGUUCUCCAUGAAGUUGGCUGUUCUCUUCACCCAGUACAACAUCCCUGGAGACAAUGAAAUCAAAUUAAAAUUGUUUGCAUCUCUGCAUUUCCUUGCAAAAGACCUGGAGCAAAUGUCCCAUUUACCAAUCCCAAAUGCAAAUUUGGAAUCAGCACAGUUGCCAGUGGACUCUGACCCCCAAGGUGACAAGAUUAACAAAGGCAGGAUUGGGUGUUUGAUAGCUGGAAAAGAAGAUUGCCCCAUGUCUAUCCAGUUCUACGUCACCCAGACUGCUGGAAUGAAGACUCCAGAUUUACAAAUAACCGAUAAAGAGUCGAUCGUCCAGGCAGCCCUGGUGACUGUAGCUGUCAGUGAUGUGACCCACAAGCUUCAGAUGGCAUCUGUGAUCCCACAGCCUCCACAGCUGGAUCCCCAGGGUUCUCCUGUGUUCCUGCCGUUGAGUGACUCACCAUAUGAGAUGCUGCCUGCCUGCUUUCUCCUCAAACUGCAGCCUGCAAUACCAAUACUGUUGUCUUUUGUAAACAAGCUCAGCCAAGUUGCAGAUGUGGCCAUACCAGAUGUUGACCUGCAGUGGGCACCCUUACCCAAGCUUCUGAUGAGCCGUUCACCAAGUGCAAAAAUCCACGGGGAGAUCUUAGAUGAGCAGGAUACUAUUUGUACAGUGCCACUUCCUGGUGGUGUGAUGCACCGUUAUAUCCUCCCUGGAGCUGCAUGGGAGGUGCCUGGACAGAGAGGGGCUGUAGUGGACAGUAUUCCAUUCACCCAUCCUGCCCAUGUCCCACCCCUGCUGGAGCUGCUUCGACAUCAGUGUGCCAUCAACACCCUGCUGAGGAGCUGUAUAACUUCUCUGUGUGCCAGAACAGCUUUGGCGUGUGACCACCACUUUGAAGUCCUUCCGGAGUCUGAGACGAGCUUUUCUGUGACCUUCCACCGACCUGACACCGACUCCCUCGCUGUUUUGCUGGUGAACGUAUCUGCAUCUCAUCGGAUUACCUGCACUUUGUUCGGAGCUGGAUUAGGGGAGCCCUCUCUGGGUGAACUCCUUUCCACUGUCAUGAAGAAGUCCAUGUCCAUCCCGGUGACCUUGAGGGCAUUAUACAACAAGCUAGAGGAGAUCACCUCUGCCCGACAUGCUCCCGGUCCUGCGGCCACCGCAGAAGCCGAAAAUGACCACUCUGCUCCUUCGUGCACCGCUGUGACCGACUCCAACGGCGCCUUGACCACGCUCUCCCAGAGUGCAGCUGUGCCAGAGGACAGCUUCAGUGUUUCUAGUUCGGCCUGCUACGCCAUGUCUGCCAAAUCUGAGCUCCUUCCUGAAAUAAACACGAGUCCUGCUGUCAGCCCUUACCCUUUCGCUCCUGGGGGUGUGUUUUUGCACUGAAUGACCAAUAGUGGCCACCUGUCAGAGCUGAUCUGAAACCAGUAUGUUUACACGUGGUGACAUAAAGUGUGUCAAUUUUAGAAUUGAAUAAAUGUUUUGGUAAAGCAAAUGUUCCGUCGCAUACAACAUCACAAUGGUGUGUGUAUCUGGUAACAGCUAGAUACUUUUGUUAAUCCAGUUACUGUGUGAUCACAGCCAUCUCCUGCAGAAAGAUGAAGCCUUUCUUACUAUGCAUUCCAGUGUGGCAGAGAUUGCAGCCUGUAAAGGUUUUGAGGUUUGGCGUUUGACAUCUCUCAAACAGCCAAAAGCCCAGUUGAUUGGUACCAUGUGAGCCAAUCAAACAUUGUUAAAGUGCAUUCUUGAAGGCUCGUGAGAGUAAAGUAGAGAUCAACAUAAUAAACGUUAGAAUAAGAAAUGUCUCUGCUGGAUGUCUAAACAUUAUCAAGCGUAGUGUCUGAUUGUAAUCAACAUAAAAUAUUACAGAUGUGUCACGCCUUUAACCCUUUCUUUUUUUAAACCAAAAUGUUAGUACAAUUUACAGUUCAAUACCUUUUGGGACAUUGCACUCCAGUCUGGGAUUUCUUCCUUUUCCUGGGUGCCAGUCAGGACAGCUACCAAUAUAGCACAAAUACAGUAGCAGAUACAUUUGCCAUGCAAUGCAGAGAAGCAGAAUAUGCCUUCAUAAAGCUCCAUCAUGCAAAC